AUGCCAUUAAAAUUUGUGGUGAAUCAAAAAGGUGGAAAUAAUCUUGUGGAUGAAGACGGUUACAUAUAUGUAUAUCAUCACGAUGGAGUUAAUAAUAAAUACAUUUGGCGUUGUGAAUUUUACGCUGGAGGACCAUGCGGUAAAUGUCUGGCUCGUAUUCACACAACCUCUAAAGACAAGGAUGGUAAAAUAAUCAAAAUGAUAAAUAGCCAUCAUCAUAGACCAGAUGCUGCCAGAUUGAAAUCACUAAAAGUGAUGGAACUAUUGAAGAGAAAGGCUAAGCGUUCUACAAAACCCAGUAUUGUUGUUGUUGCGUCAUUGCUUGAGAAUGUUGAUCCUGCUGUAUUAUGUCAACUAGCUAGUCCUCACAGUUUAGCAAAGACUGUACAACGUGUUCGUAAUAAGAACGUUAAUGUGAUAUUACCAAAUCCAAAGUCUGUUGAUAAUCUUACUAUUCCUGAAGGUUAUCGCGUGUAUAGUGAACGAAAAAUUGAUUUUUUAAAAUAUGAUUCUAAGGACUCAAAUGUGGCUAGUAGUGAACGUUUACUGAUAUUUACGACUGACAAUAACUUAUCAGUACUAAGAAAUGCUGAAGUGUGGUAUGCAGAUGGAACAUUCCAAACUGUUCCGCGAAUAUUUUAUCAAUUAUAUACUAUACAUGCAAAUGUGAAUGAUGCAGUUGUGCCACUUGUUUAUGUUCUUGUUACUGGUAAAUUUAAAUCUGUUUAUGUUGAAAUAUUGAAACAAUUACAAAUACUUGAGCCACGUUUAGAUCCAAAGACAAUAAUAGUAGAUUUUGAAAUAGCAUUUAUACAUGCUGUCGAAGAAGUGUUUCCUAAUGUUCUUGUCAAAGGCUGCUUUUUCUAUUAUACUCAAGCUAUCUGGCGAAAAAUACAGGCUUACCAUUUACAGAACAAUUAUGCCAAGGACUCUGAAUAUGCAUUAAAUUUAAAAAUGUAA